AUGUCUCUCGGAGAAGCGCUCUUUCAGCUCCCCUUGAUUCUUGCGUUUUGGGGUUGGUUGGCUACUCAAUCAAUAGCGUCCAGUGAUAGAGUGAUCGAAUCGGACGCUGUGCCAUUGAUUGAUCAGCUCUUAGAUGGGCUUGUUGAGAUAGGUCAGAAUGAAGCAAAUGCCCCUGGUGGACCAAUUCGGAUUAGUGACAAGGGACCUAGCUAG